GAAAAAUAUAAAUGAAAUAAAAUAAGUGAUAUUAUUAUUUAAAACAAGCACAAAUAUUAAUUUCAUAUAUCUUACAAAGUUUGCACAAAGGAAGUAGGUGGUUGAAUAUAUAUAAAUAACAAAUUAACAAGAAUUAUCAGUAUUUUAUUGUUAUCCAGAUGAAUACAAUAAUUGAAAAAACCAAUGCUCCUACUGAAAAUAUAAAUAAACACAAUGUACAUAGUGUGGAAGAGAUUCAGAUACCUGUACCAUGGGGUAAUAUAAGUGGCAAAUGGUGGGGACCAAAUGAUCAACAACCACUUGUGGCAUUGCAUGGCUGGCAAGAUAAUGCUGGAACAUUUGAUAGAUUAAUUCCAUUACUACCACCAAAUCUAGCCAUUCUAGCUAUAGAUUUGCCAGGUCAUGGUUUAUCUUCCCAUCUUCCUACUGGACAAUUUUAUUAUGUAUUUUGGGAUGGGCUAAUCAUUCUACGUAGAAUUGCUAAAUAUUAUAAAUGGAACAAGGUGAGAUUACUUGGACAUUCCUUAGGAGGAGCAAUAUCAUUUUUAUAUGCUGCAUCUUAUCCUGAUGAAGUAGAAUUCAUGAUAAGUUUAGAUAUUGCAAGUCCCAGUGUAAAAGACAUAACAAAAAUUCCUCUUAUAAUUGGUGACAGUAUUGACAAAUUUUUAAAAUAUGAAUUGCUACAGUCCGAUGGUAUUCCAUCCUAUAGUUAUGAUGAAGUGCUUACAAUUGUUGAAGAUGCUUAUAAAGGUUCCAUAACUAAAGAAGGCGCAAUGAUAUUAAUGAAACGUGGCUUACGACCUGCCAAUGAACCUGAGCGAUAUUAUUUUUCACGUGAUCCACGAUUAAAGGUUUCUGUUUUGGGUAUGAUAUCUUUGGAUCUAGUGCUUGCAUAUGCAGGUCGGAUAAAAUGCGCUUACCUUAAUAUUCGUGCCGUACCUGGAAUGAAAUUUGAUCAUCCAGAGUAUUAUGAGAAGGUUUUAGAUCAAAUAAAAUUAAGUGCUAAAAAGUUUGAAUAUCAUAAAGUAGAAGGGACUCAUCAUGUACAUUUAAAUAAUCCUGAAAGAAUCGCACCUAUAAUUAACAAUUUCAUAUGUACUUAAUGAUAAAAUGUUUUUAGUUGUAAACUGUGAAAGUAAGUAACAGUUAAACUAGUAAAAAUUAGUUUUAUGCAAGCUAUAUUAGCUGCAUACAUAAGAUAUUUAAUAUUUAAUUUAAACAUUUUAAUAUAUGUAUAUAUUCUGUAUGUAUGAUACUUAUGUACAGAUAAUGAAAAUGUACUAAACUUAUGUACUUCCACAUAAUACUUGUGCUUCAUAUCAAUGGAUUUAAUUUAUUACAAGUACAACGAUUUCAUAAAAUAUUUGAUGUGAUGAAUAUACAAAAAGUUAUUUAUUAAAAUCGUACUACAUAUUUUUUUAACAUAAUAACAAAAGAAUAAUAUAUUUUUUCAUUGCAUCAAAUUCUUCCAUUUUUACACAAUAAUAAAUUAAGAGGUGAUUACAUAUCACAAUUUAGAACAAAAUACCAUUCCAACUAACAUUUUAGAAUUAUUUCUAUUCUAUUGAUUAUAGACAAAAACCACAACUUUUCUUUUUCCAAUUUUUUUAGAAAUGAGUCAUAAGUUAAAAAUAUCUCAAAAGUAAUAAAUGUUACUAUUUACAAGGCCAAUGAACGAUGUUUCUACAGUAUGUUUCUAUAGUGGCAUAUUAUUAUUCUAAUGAGUAUUACGUUUAGUAUCUAACAGCGAUAAUGCAUUAACGUUUCGCUAACGCAAUGCACAUACCAGUUUACGUUUCUCUGUACAACUUGAUGAUAAAUGACCUCAAAACGA